UGUGAGAAACAGAGGUGAGUGAAGGAUAUCUCUGCACUCCUGGGCUCGGCUCCUGAAGGCAGGAAUGGAGAAUCAGCGAAACAGAAUAUUAAAUCAUCUCCAUAAAUCAUUUGUAUUACAUUCACGGUUCUACGAAAACACGCAGAUGAUAAUAUUGUUGUCUCUGUUGUUUCUGGGAGGUGUUUGUAAUGCAGAAACUGAAGAGAAAAUGUCAGUGAUGGAAGGAGAUCCUGUAAUUCUACACACUAAUCUUUCUGUAAUACUGAACGAUGAUACUAUACUCUGGGGAUUUGGACCUAAAGAAUCAGUCAUAUCUACAAUAACUAGAAAGAGCGACUUGACCUCAUUCUUUGUCACAGAAGAAGUGAGUUUCGCAGGCAGAUUGCAGGUGGACCAACAAACUGGCUCUCUCACCAUCAGAAACACCAGGAAGAUACACUCGGGACAAUAUAAACUAACAAUCUCUAGCAAAAGGACCACAUCCAGGAUAUUUCAUGUAAAUGUCACUGAUGUGGUUGGAGAGACAGAUGGAGUGAAGUCAGUGUCAGUGAAUGAAGGGGAAUCUGUGAUUCUACAGAAUGAUGCUGCUGAAUUACAGAAAGAUGAUCUGGUAAUAUGGAGGUUUGGAGAUAAAGGCAUCCUCCUGGGUAAAAUCGAUUUUGGAACUAAAGAGCACUCAUUAAAUGAUGCUGAUGAACGAUUCAGAAACGGUCUACAACUAGAUCGAAAUGGAUCUCUGACCAUCACAAACGCCAGAAUCGAACACGCUGGGCUGUAUGAAGUACAGAUCAAAGGCCGCGGGAGCUCAAAGCUGUUCCUUGUUUCUGUCAGGGCUGAUUUGGGUUUGUCUUCAGCUGCCAUAGCUGGAAUAGUUGUUGCUGUUCUGCUGUUGGCUGGACUUUUAGCUGCUGUUGUGAUUUACUAUCGCCACAUGAUCUCUGAAGUAAAAAAUCAAGAGGUGUCAGUGACGGAAGGAAGAACUGUCGCUCUACAUACUGGUACUAAACUACAGAACGGUGAAGAGAUAAAGUGGUGGUUCGGACAUGACAACAAUCCCAUAACCCAAAACAGUGGAUGGACCAAUACAGACGGAGAUAUAAAUUGUGAUGUUACUGAUGAGAGAUUCAGAAACAAAGUGCAGCUGGGUGGUAAGACUGGAGAUCUCAUUAUCAGUUAUAUCAGGACCAUUCACUCUGGAGUCUACAGAGUACAGAUCUCCGGCAAAACCAGAAAAACCAAAUACAAGAAGAGAUUCUUUGUUACUCUCAAUGUGAUGAAAGUGCGAGUAAAGGUUGAAGAUUCUGUCACUCUAGAGACUGAUAUUGAAAUCCAGGAAGGAGAUCUGAUACUGUGGACCUUUGGAGUUAAAAAUGGUCUUGUUGUUAAAGCUGAAUCAGGAAAAACUACUAUUAGUGAGAGCUUCAGAGGCAGACUGCAGCUGAACGAUCUGCUGGUCAAUGGGUCUCUGACCAUCACAAACAUCACAGAUGCAGACUUUGGACAUUUUCAACUACAGGUCCUCAACAACGAACGGAACAGAUUCAGGAGAUUCAAUGUGAUCAAAGUGGAGGAAGUGCGAGUAAAGGUUGAAGAUUCUGUCACUCUAGAGACUGAUAUUGAAAUCCAGGAAGGAGAUCUGAUACUGUGGACCUUUGGAGUUAAAAACCAUCUUGUUGUUAAAGCUGAAUCAGGACUACCUGUUAUUAAUGAGAGCUUCAGAGGCAGACUGCAGCUGGAUAAACACAAUGGGUCUCUGACCAUCACAAACAUCACAGAUGCAGACUUUGGACAUUUUCAACUACAGGUCCUCAACAACGAACGGAACAGAUUCAGGAGAUUCAAUGUGAUCAAAGCUUCCAAAGAUGUCAAAGAUGGGGAACCGAUGGAAACGAUCCCACUGCAGCUUCUAGAGUGAGAAAUCUAUGAUGAGCAGCAGGGGAUGAGUUCACCUCAGUAAGACACGCCCACCACUGUCAAUCUUUGUGACAUCAUCAACUGAACAAUAUCCCUGCAUCUCAAUGUUCAUACUAUUCAUCCUAAACAGUAUGUGAGAUUAGGAUAAGUGUGUCCUAAACCAUAGUAUG